AUGGCAGAUUCAUCUUCUUCUACUAUAAAUACUGGUCAUAGUGAGGUUGGGGCUGCUAGAACUGAAAACAUUCCUGUUCAGGGCAGGAUUGCGUAUGUUAAUGGGAGGAAGGUUGAACCUGUUGAGACUAUUGCUGCUUGGGACACUUGGUUUCUUGAGGACAACCAAAUAUAUGGAAUUGAUGCUGCAUCUGGAGCUGCUGUCACGGCAUUAAAUGUUUUGCCAGGGGAUCACAUUCUUGAUCUUUGUGCUACUCCAGGUGCGAAGUUAUGCAUGCUUGCCGAACUUCUUGGCAGCUCAGGUUCGCUAACUGGAGUAGACAUUGCAAAAAGCCGUCUGGCUGCAUGCAGGACAAUGUUGCAAAAAUAUGCAUUGGGGGGUCGUUGUAGGCUUUUUGUAGCAGAUGGAACAACCUUUUCCCUCUUGCCUUUGGGAACUUGCACAGAGAACCAACCAGUGAUGGAGUCAGAAAAUGGUGAUUAUAGAGGAAAGAAAGAUGUUUAUCAGGAAUGGUCAUCUAGAGUACCUUGGAGUGAAAGAAGAAAAUCUAAACACACUAAUAGACUAUCGAAAGCAAAUACAUGUGAAUUGAUCUUCUAUGGAAAGCAUUCUGGAGUAAUUGGACUAAGAAAGGAGAAGCUGUUUCAAACUGGAAAAGAAGAGGCUAAUAAUGGUGGAUAUGACAAGGUCUUGGUUGAUGCUGAGUGUACACAUGAUGGGUCUGUUAAGCACAUCCUCAAGUUUGAAGAUUGGGGAUGGGACACUCUUCAAAGAAGACUGUUGGAUGCAGAAAGAAUUGGUUCAUUGACUCGACUCCAGUUACAGCUUCUUACUAAUGGUUUCAGAUUGCUUAAAGUUGGAGGGUCACUUGUGUAUAGCACAUGCAGCUUGACUGUUGCUCAAAAUGAAGAUGUGGUUGAGCAGUUUCUUUCAAACAAUCCUUCUGCUGAGCUGCAAGAUAUUCGUGCUGCAAAGGGUUGGCCUUGCAGGAGUGGAAGGAUUCCAAGGACAAUAAGAUUUGAUCCCUGCACAUCCCGAACAAGUGGGCUAUUUAUUGCCAAGGGCGAGUCCAUUAUGUAA